CGCGCGGUCUAUUCUGCAGUGAGCAGGUACAGCCGGUCCUUCACCUGGAUACCAAAACAACACGUCUCCCGUUAUCCGAGGAUAUUUUCGGUUACGCUGGCUCUGUUUUUAUGAAAUCACAAUAACACUGUGUCGUUCUCUUUCGCGAUAUGCACGAUGAGUAUUAGCCAGCCGGUCGUGUAGAGGGUCCCUCACAUCCCACCUGCAGUCAUGAAUGGUGGUUUUAAUAUUUGGGCUAUAACUCCAGAAGAGAGGGGGAAACAUGACAAACAGUUUGACUCUCUGGCUCCCACUCUGGGUUAUUUGUCAGGAGAUCAAGCACGAAAGUUCUUCCUACAAUCUGGUCUUGCCACAGCAGUCCUAGCAGACAUCUGGGCAUUGGCGGAUAUAGGAAAGGAUGGGAAGAUGGACAGAUUGGAGUUCUCCAUUGCAAUGAAACUAAUUAAACUGCAGCUGCAGGGUCAACCCCUCCCGUCCAGCCUGCCAAUCAUCAUGAAGCAGACGCCUACCCCUGCUAUGACACCAUCAUCACGCUUUGGUAUGGGCUCCAUGCCAAAUCUGUCUGCCAUGUCAGUAAUGCCCAUCCUAACUCCCAUCCCCACAGCCCCUGCUAUGACCCCUUUGGUUCCUGUGCCCACCCUUAUGUCAGGACCAUUGCCUCAGAUGCCCAGCUCUCUCAGUGUGCCAGCUUUACCUAACGGCAAUGCAACUCUCCUCACACCAACACCAGCAUUCCCAGUGUCCAGUGGAUUGAGUAAAUCUCACUCGCUCUUGGACCUUGUCUCUAGCAGUUCUAACUCUUCCUCCACCACCUCCCUUGCGAGUAAUUCCCCCAAAAUGAAUGCAUCUGAUUGGGCGGUGCCUCAGUCGUCCCGUCUGAAAUACCGACAGCAGUUCAACAGUCUAGACAAGCUGAUGAGUGGAUACCUGUCAGGUCCCCAGGUCAGAAAUGCCCUCACAGCAUCAAACCUCACACAAACACAGCUUGCCACCAUAUGGGCUCUUGCUGAUGUAGAUCGUGAUGGGCAGUUGAGAGCGGAGGAGUUUAUUCUAGCAAUGCACCUGGUUGAUAUGGCCAAGACUGGGCGGCCCUUACCUCUGACUCUACCUCCUGAUCUUGUGCCACCUUCACUCAGACAAGCAAAGUCAUGUGACCUGCUGAACGGACCUGUUCCUUCGAUUAACACUGAGCUGAUUGAGUCAGAACAUCCACAGAAAAGCAAGAGUAAUGAGUCAUUUGAGGAUAAAUUCAAGGAGAAUUUCCAGAGAGGAAAUGCAGAGCUGGAAAAACGACGUCUGGCUCUGCAGGAGGAACAAAAGAGAGAGGAGGAGAGGAGGAGAGAAGAGGAGAGACGAGAGGAGGAGAGGAGACGACAGAAGGAGAGGGAGGAAAGAGAACAAAAGGAGAGAGAAGCCCUGGAGAUGGAGCUGAGGAGACAGAGGGAAGAGGAGAGGAGGAUAGAGAGGCAGAGAGAGCUGGAGCGACAGAGAGAAGAAGAAAGACUGAAAGAAUUAGAGCGACAAGAGGAAGCGGAGCGACAGAGGCGAAUGGAAUGGGAGAAGAGUAAACAAGUGGAGCUUCAGACACAGAGAGAAAAAGAGCAGAGUGACAUACAGAGACUUAAAGACAGGAAGAGGAGUCUCGAGAUAGAGCUGGAGGCGGUGGGUAACAAGCAUAAGCAGAUCUCUGAUAGGCUGCGGGACGCCAAGAGUAAGAGGCAGAUCCCGAGGACUGAGCUAGACCUGAUCAAUCAGAAGAGAGAUAGUCGUAUUACGGAUAUCAAUUCCCUACAGUUGCAGUUUGAGGAAAUUCAGAGGCAGCUGAGUCGUCUUGGUCCUGAGAAGCAGCGACUGACAGAGAGACUUCUACAUAUUACCCAAAACAACUCAAGUCCUUUGAUAAAUGAUGUGAAACAGAGUUUGUGCGAAAAAGAUCUGAGCUGUCGGAAGCUGAAGGAGCAGCUGGAUGUUUUGGAGAGAGAGACCACUGAGAAACUCUCACAAAUGGAGCAGUACAACAGAGAAAUCAAGGACUUGAGACAGAGGCAGAGCCAGCAGCAGGACGUCCUAGAGCAGCUCAGGAGGGUGAGAUCUGAGAAACUCAAAGAGCUACAGAGACACAGGAAAGAGGAGGAGGAGAGGAAGAGGAACAAAGAGGAGGAGGAGAGGAAGAGGAAGAAAGAGGAGGAGGCUGCCAGACAGGCGAAGCUGGAACAGGAGCGUCUAGAGCAGGAGGAAGCAGAGCGUCAGAGGAUGCUUGCCCAGGAGCGAGAAGCCAAACUCAGGGAAGAACAGCAGCGUCAGGCCCAAGCCAGACUUCAGGAAGCCCAGGAGCAGGCACGAGAGAAAGAGGAGAAGAAGAGGGCGGAGGAGAGAGAGAGGGAGGAGAAGGAGAGAGAAGAGAGAGAAAGGAAUGAACUGGCUCUACACACUCAGCCCUCCAUGACAUACAAUAGCACAGAGAACAAAAGCUUGCAGCCAGUGGUGACUACUGAAGCUACAUGUGCUGCCCUCACCACCUACAGAGCUCUCUAUCCCUUCACAGCACGCAACUCUGACGAGCUCACACUGGAGGCAGACUGUCUGAUCGAGGUAGAUGAAUCAACAGUUAGGGAGACCGGCUGGCUGUAUGGGAGUUACCGUGGUAACAGCGGCUGGUUUCCAGAGAGUUAUGCUGAGAGAUGCAGUAAAGACACCACUGCCAAUCCUGGAGUUCCCGGUAAAAAGCCAGAGAUUGCUCAGGUGACUACAGCCAAUGCUGCCAAAACACCAGAACAACUGAGUCUGACACCUGGUCAGCUUAUUGUGGUGCUGUAUAAGAACUCUAACAGCUGGUGGCUGGGUGAACUACAGGCACGGGGUAAAAAGCGUAAAAAGGGCUGGUUCCACUCCUCUAAUGUCAGAUUACUGGAGGCCAACAGCGGAAAAAUAACUCCAGCAUCUCAGCCAUUGUGUCAGGUUAUUGCAAUGUAUGACUACAAAGCAGCCAAUAAGGAUGAGAUGAGCUUCCAAAAAGGUCAGCUGAUCACCGUGCUCAACAAGGACAACCCUGACUGGUGGAAAGGAGAGGUCGCUGGAGUCAUAGGGCUGUUUCCAACUAAUUAUGUGAAGAUGACCACAGAAUGUGAUCCCAGCCAGCAAUGGUGUGCUGAUCUGCUCAGUUUAGACUCUAUGUGCACUGAGGAGAGGAAGAGGCAAGGCUACAUCCAUGAGCUCAUUCAGACAGAAGAGUCCUAUCUGGAGGACCUGGAACUGGCACUAGAGGUGUUCUAUAAGCCAAUGGCAGAGUCAGGGCGGCUGACUGAGGCUGAGAUGAGUAUGAUCUUUGUGAGCUGGCGGGAACUGAUCAUGUGCAGCACCAAACUCCUAAAAGCUCUGCCUGUCCGUAAGAAGAUGGCUGGAGAGCGGAUGCCGGUGCAGGUGGUGGGUGAUAUUCUGUCCUCAGAGCUCUCUCACAUGCAGGCCUACAUUCGCUUCUGCAGCUGCCAGCUCAAUGCUGCGGCCCUGCUGCAGCAGAAAACAGACAAAUCACCUGACUUCAAACUCUUCCUGAAGAAAAUUGCCAGUAAUUACCGCUGUAAAGGAAUGCCACUGUCCAGCUUCCUUCUGAAACCCAUGCAGAGAAUCACACGCUACCCACUGCUGAUCAAGAACAUUCUGGAGAAUACCCCUUCAACUCAUGCAGAUCACGCAAACCUGCAGGCGGCACUGGAGCAGGCCGAGGAGUUGUGCUCACAGGUGAACGAGGGCGUGAGAGAGAAGGAAAACUCUGACCGGCUGGAAUGGAUCCAGAACCAUGUGCUGUGUGAUGGAGUCAUUGAGCACCUCGUUUUUAACUCUCUGACGAACUGCCUGGGCCCUCGAAAACUGCUGCACAGCGGCAAACUACAUAAGACCAAGAGCAGCAAGGAGCUUUGGGCCUUCCUGUUUAACGACUUCCUGCUCCUCACCUACACCUCCAAACAGUUCUCAUCUGGGCCUGACAAACUCUUCAAUCCCAACUCAAAUGCACAGUACAAGAUGUAUAAAACGCCAGUGUUUCUGAAUGAGGUCUUGGUAAAAAUGCCCUCUGACCCUUCCAGUGAUGAUCCAGUUUUUCACAUCUCACACAUUGAUCGUGUUUACACUCUUAAGGCUGACACCAUUAAUGAGAGGACUACAUGGGUACAGAAGAUCAAGGCAGCAUCUGACCACUUCAUAGAGACUGGGAAGCUGAAAAGAGAGAAAGCAUACCAAGCUCGCUCGCAGAAGAACAGUGGAAUCGGGCGACUGUUAGUAACGGUCCUGGAGGCGACAGAGUUGAAGCCCUGCAAACCAAACGGGAAGAGUAACCCAUACUGUGAGCUAACCAUGGGCGCUCAGUGCUACACGUCCCGCCAUCAGCCCGACACGCUCAACCCCAAAUGGAACUUCAACUGCCACUUCUUCAUCAAAGACCUGUAUCAGGAUGUCUUCUGCCUCACCAUCUUUGAGAGGGACCAGUUCUCUCCUGACGAUUUUCUAGGUCGUACUGAAGUUCCUGUAGCAACAAUAAAGAAGGAUCAAGAUGGUAAAGGUCCACUGGCAAGGCGUCUGCUGCUUCAUGAAGUUCCAACUGGAGAGGUCAAAGUGCGGCUUGACCUGCAGCUCUAUGAUCAAACACCUCACCCGUGAACUCCACAUCUGUUUCAUUAGCACUACAACAUUUAAUAGAUCACUUAAUAAAAGUUUAUUCAUUAAUGUUCAUUUUUAAAAGUAUAGGAAUGCCUCUGUACACUUUUGAUAUGAAAAAGGUGAACCACUUAGCAUAAGUUUACAUGCAGUGAAAUAGAAGCUGGUAGUCUCAUAUCUACUCCCACACAUGCUUGAUGUUGUGUAAUGGGGAACAUUGGGUAUUAUCAUGAUGAUUUGUUUGGGACAGGAACUGGUUUGUACUUUGAAAUUUGUAAAUUUUUAAAGUGCAUUAGUAAUCUGAACAUAUUCUACUUUUCGGCUGUUUCCUUCAAACAAAAUUCCUUUGAUUUGGUUUUCUAAUCUGUUAAAUGUGCCUUACUUUUCCUUUCAUUCUUUAAAAGCCAGGGAUUGCUACAAUAGUUGAGACAGCUCUGAAAUACACUGCUCAGCAUUAUCAGUCACCGGCAGCCUUUAAUGGAUUUUAUUGUACUGUACUGCCUUAAUCCGAACACAUUAUGUACUGCAGCUUCCUAAGUAUAAAUAGACUCAAAUUAUGUCACUGAAAUUGCUGAAAUUCAGUCAUUUGUAGAUUCCACUAAGCCAAUCAUACAUGUGCUUCCCCAACCUGUUUCCAGAGCCCUUCAGCGCAUGUUUAAUUGUUUUAUUAUUAAAUACUGAAACACAGUUUUAAAAACACUGUAAUAUAUUUAAUUAU